AUGGAGGUGGCGCGUGCGCCGGAAGGUUUCCUGAUGCCGCACCACAUGUACCGCGGCCGGCGGCCGGCCGCGGCGACAGGAGGAGGACCUGGACCCCGCCGCACCCGCAUCAUGCGCACCGCGCCCCACGAGUUCUACGGCGGCGCGAUGGUGGCCACGCCCAGCGUGGACCUCGACGUCGACGAUGGCGGCUCGGCCCCCACUUAUUUCACCGCGCGGCUAUCACGAGCGGCGGGUUCCGCAGCCAGCGCCGUGGCGGGCCUGCCGGAGACGAUGGCGACCACGGGCGGCGACGGCGAGGAGACCUGCUGCGCGGUGUGCCGGGAGGGGUACGAGGCCGGCGACGCACUGAGGACGAUGCCGUGCGCGCCCGCGUUCCACGGGGAGUGCAUCGUGGAGUGGCUCUCGGUCAGUAGCUUCGGCCCGCUCUGCCGCUUCAAGCUGCCUACCCAGGAGGAGGAGGACGCCGCCGCCCAACACCAACAGCCGGCAAGCCAGCUGGGAUAG